AUGCCCAUUUCUAUUAUCAAGCAGGGCCGAGUCUUAUCAGUUUCCCUCCUGCUUAUCAGCGUCUUGGUGGUUUUCCCUUGGGGGUCUAUUGCUCCUAACCCGCAUCCCGGAGGCCUAUUCCAACGCAGUUUUCUGGAAGAACCCAAGCCGGCCAAACUUCCGGCGAAAGUGGACCCCCCUUCGAUUGCGUCCCGACAGGCGCCGUUUGAUCCGACGAAGAAGUUGACAAAGAGUAUAGGAAAACCAGCCGGUUCUAACUCCACCUCCAAUGUUUUUAGCCCAAUCAGUAUCACCAACCAAUUUGGCGGUAAUGGUCCGCCCAAUAAUGGUAACAAUCCAUUUAGUCCUAACAACAACAGUCCUGACAGCAAGAAUUCAUUCAAUGGCAACAACCCAUCGAACAGCUUCAGCAAUCCAUUGACUGCAAACAACCCAGCGAAUGGCCUCAACAAUCCAUUGACUGCAAACAACCCAUUGAGUGGCAUCAACAAUCCAUUAAAUAGCAAGAAUAACCAACUUAACACCAACAAUCCAGCCAAUUCGGCAAGUACUGCCUCCGGCCCUCAGUGCGGCUUCCACCAAAGCAUGUCGCCAGUCAAUAACACUGUCAAAAAGACUGACCAGAAUGGGAUCAAGCCUGAAGACUGUUACGACGCGCUCGCCCAGAUUCUAGAGGAUAGGAACGGCAGGACGAUGGUCCGAGUCAACGCGACUGAAAAACGACAAGUCUGUGGGACGUGUCGGCUGAAGUUCGAGACGAAUGUUACCGGGAAGGAGCUUCAGGCCUCGCUCGAGGUUGUCAUGUUCGGAACGGGCAAGCAACGGAACGGAGGGAUGAACGUGCUCUUGAGCUCGUGUGGACAACGAGGAGGACAGAUCAUCAUGCCCGCCGGAACUAACCUCAAAAGCCCGUUGAGGAUCGACAUAGCCAAGUCUCAGGUUGCCCGCAUCUGCACCCCGAGGGCCAUCGCUAACAGUGACAGCCCUCUACCUUCGAUCUCCACCCCUCCUGCUUCUACUGUUAACACUUUCAACACAUCAGCUGCCAAGAAAUCUGCCCGCUCUUAG